AUGGGAGACUAUUACCACCAUUUUCUAUCGUCAAUGUCAGGGGCGGGGAUAAACCCGACGGCAUCCCCUGAAGAGAUGCUUGAUCAGCAAAUUCAUGGUGCACCAGUGCACAUGAUGCCCGCCACAAUACCCGGGCCAUAUCAACAGCUCGGGUACUUCACCGGAUUCCCUGAUCCGAUGAUGUUCAACCCAGGCAAAUCACAGAAAUCCCGUCGAAAAUCGGCAACCGGCACACCCACGGCCAUUGACCAGGUCAAACACCGGCGGACUCGUUCCGGCUGCUUCAUGUGUCGAAGUCGAAGAGUCAAGUGUGACGAAAAUAGACCAAUUUGCGAACGUUGUAAAAAGGGAAAUCGAGAAUGUGUUUACCCCGAUCCCCCGUCCUCAAAAGGUUCAUCAGUAUCGAGUGGGAAAAGCAAAGACCCAACUACAUCUGCUCACCAAACCAGCCCUACUUCGUCAAAGUCAGAAGAUGACGAGGACGCCGAACAAGACAAGAAACUCGAGACGAUUGUGGAUGAAGAUGAGGAGACAGAAGGCCACACAAGGUCCCCAGAUUUUUCUAUACAAUCGAAGAGCGCCUCCCCUUCUACCACAACAGCUACUCCAAGUAGUCUGGCAACUGCGUAUCCCUCUUCUGACUUCCCUGCCAACCUCGGAGAAACCGACUGGUCACAUCUUCCGCCACAGUACCAACAGGGCCUCUCAUUCUUCGUUGAAAAUCUCAAUCACUUUAACUACUGCAUACCGCUUGACUCGGACGAGUUCUUCACAAAAAUAUUGCCCAACAUGGCUACCCGUCACGAACCGUUAUUGAACGCGGUAGUAGGCUUCUCAGCAUACCACUCCACGCUCCAGAAUCCACAUGGGAAGCUCCAAGACUUUUUACAAUACUACAACAAAAGCGUAACGCAGCUGCUGAGUCUGCUGCAACGAAAGGAGAAGCCCAAUAUUGCCACCCUUUUGACGAUUUUGCAGCUAGCUACUAUUGAAGAGUACUUUGGCGACUGGGUCAAUCUCAUGGGGCAUCAGAAAGCGGCCUUUGGGAUAAUAACGAGCAUUUUCACACCACAAACCAUAAUGCAAUCUCCUGUGGGACGUAUGUGCCUUAGCUGGUACGCUCGGUUCGAUAAUUUUGUUGCCUUGAUGGGAGGCUUCCCUACCGACCUACCACGAGAAUGGUUUCAGGCCAUGUUGGAUUUCUACAAGGCAGGAGUCGUUACUAACCCAGACGAAAUACACUGGAAAAUCGAUGAGUGGUCUGCUCAGCUUCGCCUUAUCUCCUACGACAUGUCGAUCUUAUUCGCGCGAGGCAGCAGAGGCCAGAUAUCUCCCGAAGACUUUAUCAAAGAACACGAACUCAUCAACCAACGACUAAUAGACUGGAAAGAGAAAAGAGACCCUGCUCUCCAGGACCCGAAAUACCUUGUUCGAGAUUUCCCUCCUCCCGAAACACUCGACCCGGAGGAUUUUGUGAACCCCUACACGGUCGGAAUACUCUAUGAACGCCCACUAUUCGAUGUUACGGUUCUGUGUGCGGAGUGGAAUAGCAUCAUGAUAAUGCACAAAUGCCAGUCCUCAGGUACGAGGCCAGAUCAACUGUUCGCGGAUCUGAAUCGCCAUGCCUACAGAACCUGCCAAUAUUUCGAAACGUUAGAAUUCUGGCCUUCCACCCCCAGAGGCGUCCUAGUUCUUAUUCAGGCUUGCAUCGCUAUUGCAGCUCUGUUUUGUCCCCAGGAUGCACGACACCAUAUGUGGUUUCGUCGGAAGUUCGCCUUACUGGAAACAAUGGGCUAUAUUCACCCUUUGCCUUUGCGUACCAAAAUGGCCGAGUUGUUUCGAGAAACGUCUUGCGUACAAUGGUGGCUUCCCGAUGGGGAAGGGUUCAGCCCCGUGUUGCGAGAAAUUCGAAAUUUUGCGGAUGAGCGUAAUGCGGCAGCCGUCACAGCCCAGCAGGAGAGUCUCCGCGAGGUGCGGCAUAUCUUUGCGAAGAUGACCUUGAUGGACGAUGCCAAUGCACCAUCAAGUUCUGGUCCAGGUUCUGAUUCAUAG